AUUUCCGUGGAUUUUUUCUUCUCCAACAUCAACCACGUCCAUAACUAUCACCCACCACAAACACAAUCUAACGGGCCUGAUUCUUUCCAUCGCUCUAAUAAGCUCCACUUAUUUCUCAACACAGUGCAUGACAUGACGAACGAAAUGGAGGCCGCCCCCGUCCUCUCAACGCCGGAUGAUCGCAUCCUGGAAGCCACCGAACCCGUCGCCGCGCAGGAUGGACAUCGCAGUUUGUCGGACGAGGAGCUCUCGAUUACCUACGAUAUCGAGCGCACGUUGAAGGAGAUUCGCCAGGCUCGGUACAAGCGCAUUGCACUCCAGUUCCCCGAUGAUAUGCUGCCGGAUGCGCCGCGGGUGUUCCAGUUGCUCAGUCGCGGUCUGGAUGCUCGACGCGCCGAUAGCAAUGAUAAUGGAAAUGCCCAGGAUCGCAGCGAUGGGACAACCAAGGUCGAUAGCGACUGCGACGGUGCAUGCCUCGCGCAGUCGGUAGCCCAGCUGGACGUGCAGGACCAGAGCUAUGCGCCGAAACUCUACAUCUUGGGGGAUACGUCCUACGGAACAUGCUGCGUGGAUGAAGUAGCCGCGGAACAUGUGGAAGCGGAUGUCGUCGUGCACUACGGACGGUCGUGCUUGUCGCCAACGGCCCGACUCCCGGUGAUCUACGUCUUCACCCACAAGCCCCUUCCUCUCGAGCCCGUUGUUCGGGCUUUCAAAGAAACCUACCCGGAUCCCACCGCCAAGGUCAUCCUCGCGGCCGAUGUCACCUACACCGACCACAUCCCCGCCUUGCACGCGCGCCUGACAAGCGAAGGCUACACCAACCUGUACGCCACAGAGCUGGUCCACGACCCGUCGUCCGCGAUCCCCAACCGGACGGUGCCGGACUCGGUCAAAGACGCACCGGACACCCUGACGGAUUGGCAGCUGUUCCAUCUCUCGGACCCGCCGACCGCCCUGCUGCUGACCCUCGCGUCGCGCCUCGCGUCGAUCCAUAUCUACCCCACGGACCGCCCGGCGAGCGAGACGGUCAAGCCGCUGCCGGCGUCGACGGGGCUCGCCCUGCGGCGUCGCUACGCGAUCCUGACGCGGCUCAGCACGGAGCCGAUCUUCGGGAUCCUGAUCAACACGCUCAGCGUCAAGAACUACCUCCACAUCGUGGAGCACGUCAAGCGACGGAUUGCCGAGGCCGGCAAGAAAAGCUACGUGUUUGUCGUGGGCAAGCUGAACGCCGCCAAGGUGGCCAACUUCAGCGAGAUCGGCGGCUGGGUGGUCAUCGGCUGCUGGGAGAGCUCAUUGGUGGACAGCAAGGACUUCUGGAAGCCGGUGAUCACCCCGUUCGAGCUGGAGCUCACCCUCAAGGGGGAUGAGGAGCGGGUCUGGACGGGGGCCUGGCAAAGUGACUUCCAGAGCGUCCUGGACCAACCGUCUCCGAACCAAGAAAGCCAACCCGAUGAGGAAACCAACGGGAACGACGGCGCGGAAGACGACAACGAAGCCGAGAUGUCGGAAGAGGAAUCCGCCCCGCCCGAGUUCGACCUGCGCACCGGUCGAUAUGUCUCGCACUCGCGCCCGAUGCGGAACCCUGCACCCCGCGUUUCCGGGCGACCCGACGAGGGGGCACCGGCGGGCAGCGGACCCUCCGCUGCGCGGGCUCUCGCCAGACGGGCCAAGGGCGAUUUGGCGAUGAUCGGCGGGACCGUCUCCCCGGGGGCUGAGUUCCUACGGUCGCAACGUACCUGGAAGGGGUUGGGGAGUGACUUCGAUAUCCAGUACGAGGAGGAGGGCGAGUCCGAGCGGGAUAGUACGCUGGUGGUGGAAGGGCGCAAGGGCAUCGCAAGGGGAUACACGGUAGGAGAGGCAAACGAUCGGCACUAGAGUUCCCGGCAAGGAAUUUAACCUCGUUAGACUCGAUAGACUAUGAUCGCAUCAGCGUUUAUUUG